GCAAGCUCCGCGCGAGCGACGUACACACAACAAUAUGGCGCCUGCUACUGGGGAUCUCGCGGACUUGCAGCGGGAGAUUUUCGAGAAAAUCAGCAAGAAUGAGGUGUGCGAGCUCAGGACGUUGCUGGCGCAGAGCAAGGUCAAGAUGGACUUCGUCGAUGAGAACGGCAUGAGCCCGCUCCAGCACGCCUGUUACAAGGGAAACAAGGAAAUCGUGCAGCUGCUCCUCGAUCAAGGCGCUGACGUGAACGCGUGUCAACACGAGCACGCGUACACCGCUCUUCAUUUCGCCGCUUUAAGUGGCAACGCCGAGCUGUGCCACCUCCUGAUGUCGCAUGGAGCGCGCCUGACGGCGACGAACAGCGUGGGCAGGACGGCCGCGCAAAUGGCAGCGUUUGUCGGAAAUCACAACUGCGUGGCAACCAUCAAUAACUUUAUCCCGAAGGCCGAUAUAGAUUAUUAUAUUAAGCCGCAGGGUUUGCAGACCGAACCCAUGCUGCCGCCGCAUCUAGCCGAUUAUUUCCAUAAAUUCAUAAUGCACGUUAACGUGAAUCCUGUACGCGUGUGUAUGAAUUUACAGAGACUCCCGACGCUUUUGGAGAAUGCAGGAAAGGUACAAAAGGUAUUAGAAUCCAUGCGCUACAAAGAAAUGACGCGAGGCGCUGAAAUAAAUGAAGUAAUGGCCUUCAAGUACCAUUACCUCAGUUGCGUUGUGACCGAGGUGUUAAAAUGUCAGAAGCGCCAAGAAGCUAUGAAGGCGGAGAAAGGCGAGAAGGGAAGCGAGGAGAGCGAGGAAAAAAAGUCUGACACUGUAGAACUUUUGAUACGUAGGUUCCUCAAGUGCAGCAAGAACGACAGCUUGCCCGAGUAUCAGGAGGCAUUUUUGAGGGAAUCCGUGAGAGAGUUUCCAUUCCGAGAAAGCACAAUUUUCCGUCAGAUGGUCGCUACACUGGCAAGCACGGAUCCGCCGUCUGCCGUUUCCGUUAUUUCCGCUGCGAUUAAUGGGCAGCGGGGCUUCAUCGAUAACGCCCAGACUUGCGUGACCUGCGGCGAGGACAAGGCCACCAAAAAGUGUAGCAAAUGCAAAGCGGUGCAGUACUGCGACAGAGAAUGUCAGAGAUUGCACUGGUUCAUGCACAAAAAGGCAUGCGCCAGAUUGGGCCAGUCCCCGGCGAAUAACGGAAAGGUCACGGAUGUAGAUAAAGAACAGAUCAGCAGCGCGGUCGGCUCCAGGCUACAAAACCUAACUGUUAAAUAAGUAAAUGUAAUGUGUACAGAUUUAAUGUUGGCAGUCUACUUGGCAUGCAUUAUAUUCGCGGACGUUUAUUUUUUGUCCUGUAUAUAGCCGUCCUACGGUGUAAAAUUGGUGGAUCUUCUUAUAAUUAUGCUUACCAUAUCUGUGGAAGCUAACAUUAUGCCAUUAUCAUUGUGUAAGUAAACAUUAAGUAAACUCUAUUGAAAAUGUAUAAAUUUUUCCGUUUAGUCGAUUACGCGUUUGUAUCUAUAUCUCGUUCUUUCGACUUUUCAAUCCUUGAUAAUCAGUUAAAUAAUUCAACAAGAGAUAGAACUGAAUCAAAUUAUAAGUUUCUUAUUACUGUACAAAAUAUCGUACUUUUUUUAUUCCUAUGCGCAAUUCUUCGAGCUGCCGGACUUUUUUCAACUGACUGACUUUUGUAUAGUUUCGUAUAUCUCCUCGUACUUCUUGGACAAUGAAAUUGCCAAAUAUAUUUGUAAGUUACUUUAUUCUUGAUGUAUGCGUGCACGCAAUUAAACAUAUCUGUCAAAAUGUUAGCGCUGUCUUUUCAAGAACCUUUAUUGUGAUCUGUCGAAAUAAAAUACAUUUACUUACAACU